GUGGUGGUGACUCCCGAAAGCGCUGGGCUUCGGCGUCUGCUUCUAGGUGAUGUGCUGUGUUGUUCAAGCAUCUAUAGUUACCUCUUUGGGCCUCAGUUUUCUCAUCUGUAAAUAGGGAUAUAAAUUAGUGUUCUCUGUGUGGCUGGAUGAUAAGGGACAAAUGGAAUCAUGGUUGGGAAAGCACCUUAAAAUUGGAAAGACAUUGCCAAGAUACUACUUCUUAUGCAAUUAAAAAAAAAAAAAACCAAGACAUGGCCUUCUGUAUUUAAUGCUGUGUUUUUAAGGAGACAGAAAAAUCUCUUCCUGUGGGUAUCCCGUAGGAAAACAAAAGCUGACCAUGGUGUAAAAGGUGGAGCCAUCUUACAGAGUAUUGGAUUUUUGUUUGCUUGUCUGUUGGCAACCAGCCUUGUGUACCAGGAUAUUAAUGAAUAAUUAAGAGCCUGGCUGGAAGAGGAGGGAUUGGAAGAUAAGGCUGCAUGAUCUACCAGGAGGGGAUUGUUCCAGGUAUAAGGGUCUAUGUGAGGAGGUAGGAUGACAGAAGUCACAUUGUCACUGCUGAUUCAGGGACAGCAAAAUGGAAGUCUAGAGUAAAUCAAGUCGUGUGCUGAGAGUAAUAAAAAGCCUUUGAGACAGUCACAAGCUUGAAUGGGACAGAAAAAGCCAGUGGGAAGGAGCAGAGAGUGCAUCAUGAGAAGGAGCUUUCCCGAAGCCGAAUUCCCCGUCUGAUUCUUCGGCCCCAUCUGCCCCAGCAGCAGCACAAAGUGUCCCCAGCCUCGGAGUCUCCCUUCUCUGAGGAAGAGAGCAGAGAGUUCAACCACAGCAGCUCCGGGCGCUCAGGGAGGACCAUUAGCAGCAACAGCUUCUGUUCAGAUGACACUGGCUGUCCUAGUAGCCAGUCCGUGUCUCCUGUGAAGACGCCCUCGGAUGCUGGAAACAGUCCUGUUGGCUUUCGCCCUGGAAGUGAUGAAGACUUUACCAGGAAGAAAUGCACAGUUGGAAUGGUUGGCGAGGGAAGCAUCCAGUCAGCUCGAUAUAAGAAGGAACCCAAGUCAGGCCUUGUAAAGCCAGGUAGUGAAGCCGAUUUUAGCUCCUCGAGCAGCACGGGCAGCAUUUCCGCUCCUGAGGUCCACAUGUCUGCCGCGGGAAGCAAGCGCUCCUCUUUCUCACGCAACCGAGGUCCCCACGGGCGGAGUAAUGGAGCUUCAUCACACAAGUCUGGCAACAGCCCACCGUCCCCACGCGAGAAGGACCUUCUGUCCAUGCUGUGCAGGAAUCAGCUGAGCCCUGUCAACAUCCAUCCCAGCUAUGCGCCUUCUUCCCCAAGUAGUAGCAACUCUGGCUCCUACAAAGGAAGUGACUGUAGCCCAAUCAUGAGGCGGUCUGGAAGGUACAUGUCCUGCGGUGAGAAUCAUGGGGUGAAGCCCCCAAAUCCAGAGCAGUAUUUGACUCCUCUGCAGCAGAAAGAGGUGACAGUGAGACACCUGAAGACCAAGCUGAAGGAAUCUGAGCGCCGACUCCACGAGAGGGAAACAGAAAUUGUGGAGCUGAAGUCCCAGCUGGCCCGGAUGAGGGAAGACUGGAUUGAAGAAGAGUGCCACCGGGUGGAGGCCCAGUUGGCCCUCAAGGAGGCCAGGAAAGAGAUCAAACAGCUCAAACAGGUCAUCGAGACCAUGAGGAGCAGCCUGGCCGAUAAAGACAAAGGCAUUCAGAAAUACUUCGUGGACAUCAACAUUCAGAACAGGAAGCUGGAGUCCCUCCUGCAGAGCAUGGAGCUGGCGCACAGUGGCUCCCUGAGGGAUGAGCUGUGCCUGGACUUCUGCGAUUCCCCGGAGAAAAGCUUCCCCCGAGACACCCCUGUUGGCCAGACGGCAGAUGGGCUGUCCGUGGAAGAGCAGGUCACAGAGGAAGGGGCGGACAGUGAGCUGCUGGUGGGAGACAGCAUGGUGGAUGGCUCAGAUUUGUUGGAUGAGCUGGCGACGGCCACCGCCACCCAGGCUGGCGACCUGGAGCUGCUGCAUUGCACCCCUGGGGCAAAGGUCCUGGCGAUCAUCCCCACGGAGGUGGGUCCGGAGGUGGGCCGCGUGGUGGUGGAGCGGGCCGUGCAGACCGACGUGGUGCCCUACAGCCCCGCGGUCUCCGAGCUCAUUCAGUACGUGCUCCAGCUCCAGGACCCCUGUGCCUGGGGCUCAGCAUCGCCUUCUGAGUCUGCAGCUGAUUCCACAGAAAGCUUCGCGGAGUCCAUCUCCGCGUUGAUGGUUGAUUUAACUCCAAAGAAUCCAAACUCAGCCAUCCUUUUGUCUCCCGUGGAGACCCCAGACGCCACGGUGGGGGCGCAAGCUCCUGCAGAUCGCCUCAUGAGAGAGCUGGAUUUUGCAGGUUGCACAGAAGAAAGGCUGGACGGCAUCAUCCCGUGGGCCCCGGGGGCCGUGGGGAGGCAGUACUGGAGCCGCAGUUUCCUGGUGGAUCUCCUGGCCGUGGCUGCCCCCGUGGUGCCCACCGUGCUGUGGGUGUUCAGUACUCAGAGGGGGGGCACGGAUCCCGUGUACAACAUCGGGGCCUUGCUCCGGGGCUGCUGCGUGGUUGCCCUGCACUCGCUCCGCCGCACCGCCUUCCACGUCCAGACCUAGAGAGCAGUGGUGGUUCCGUGUGCCAGUGGGUCCCAGGAGGUGUGGUGCCAGGUGGAGAAGCAGCAGGUCGACCCAGGGUGGUCUCUGUUCUGUCGUGUUGCUCCUCGGUAUCUGAUUUGCACUAUGUUUAGUGGGAGCCUGUUCCCUGUGGAGGCCCGGAGGUAUCUUCAAAGGCAUGGAGACCUGGUUCAAGUCAAAAGCCCCACCCGUGUGGUGUCGAAAGCAUGCUCGUGACCCUGCGUGUCGUCAGAGGUGCCCGUUCUUACCCUGGUGGUUCAGGAAGAGAAAAUGCAAAGUUUGCACUUUCAAGACAGCUUCUGUCCUGCCGGCAUGCGAUCUCCUUGCUUUGCUUCGUGCUGUUUUCCAAUGUGUGAUUGUUCCAGCAUUCCUGAUGGUCUUGUGCAUAGCAGGGGACUGUAACCAAAAAUGAACAUGUAUUUGCGCCCUUGGUUUGAAGAAGUCUUGACUAAUCCUUUAGUGUCUUCAUUGGGGUUGAUAAGGUUUGAGUGUUUGCCGUUUUCUACUAAAUGUAGCUCCAAAGUCUAAAAAUGGCUUGUUUGUUCUUAAAUCUGUUAAUUGAUGAAACUGUCUGUAAGUUUACAGUGUAUUAACUUAUUUUUUGCUUCUUAUAUAUAGUGUUUUAUUGGAAAUGGUUUGUAACCAGACACUUUGGCAUGAUGAAAAUAAAGAUUAGUGUUUCCAGUUAAAUAAAUGUUUUAUCCUCCUAUAAAAUGAU